AACGAGAGCGGUUUGUCUUGUGCGCAAGAGCUGCACCUGCUGGAGCGCUUUCUCCGGCGAGAUCAAGAGCCCCGUCCGUUGCGCGUGUCUCUACGUCCAAUAGAGGGGGCGACUGGAGCGCAUCGAGAAACGCCGGCGGCGCUACAAAAAGGCUUCUUCUUUUCUUUUUUUUUGCUCCGGAGGCUUCGGUGGGGCUGGCCGCCUUUCUAGUGCCUUUCUCCGAUAAUCAAGCUCGGACCCAGCCAAUUGGGCGCAGACCCUGAAAGGCUGCAGGUUCGGGGAGGUGAAAAAGUCCCUUCAGAGAAAGCAGAGGGACCCCUUGGGCUAACUCGGGGGUCGCCCGCAGACUUGGAGGCGGCGGUAAAGGAGACCAGCGGCAGGCUGUCGGACGGCAGCGGGACUGGGAAACCAACCUUUGGAUCGCUGUUCUUUUUCUCCCCCUCCCCCUCCGCUUUCUUGGAGGUCCUACUGAGUGGAGACGUUGCCGCCCCCCCCCGCCCCCCGAAAAAGAGGCUGGGGAAGCUCCAUCUCCGAAUUGCGCUCCCGCGCUUGAAGUGGGAAAGGCUGGCUGUCCUCCCCUUUCGCUUUUAUUGAGAAAUCGACCCUUCUGUUUUCCGGGAUCCUGGGAUGUAAGCUCCUCCAUGUGAGAAAAUCUUCGCCUUUCGCUUCGCCUCCCCCUCCUUUUGCAGAGCAGCUGCUCUUGCUUUUGCUCCCGGUGGACGGAAGAGAGAGAGAGAGGAGAGGGUGGGGAUUUCUUUCUUUCUUUCUUUCUUUUUCUCUCUCCCCCUCUCCCUUGUAAAUUCAAUGGAUAUGAACUUGGUGGCUUUGGAACCUUGCUGGCUUGGAAUAUCUUAGGUGCUGAGAUCGCCUUCUGGAGCGGCGGAAACAAGUUCGUUGGAGAGAAGGAUUUGUCGAGGAGCAAGAUGCCUCUGGCUACCUUCUACUUGGUGUUGCCCUUAAUGGAAGUGCUCUUCUCGGCUGAAGUGAGUGGGCUGCUUGGAGGAGACCAUCUGGAUUGUGUGAAAGCCAGUGACCAGUGUCUCAGGGAGCAGAGCUGCAGCACUAAAUACAGGACACUGAGGCAGUGUGUAGCUGGCAAAGAGAGCAACUUCAGCCGGGCAGCAGGCCUGGAGGCAAAGGACGAGUGCAAAAGCGCCAUGGAGGCUCUCAAGCAGAAAUCCCUCUAUAAUUGCCGCUGCAAAAGAGGCAUGAAAAAGGAGAAAAACUGUCUGCGUAUUUACUGGAGCAUGUACCAAAGCUUACAGGGAAAUGAUUUGCUUGAAGAAUCACCUUACGAACCAGUGAACAGCAGGUUAACGGACAUAUUCAGACUAGCACCAAUUGUAUCAGCGGAGCCUGUCAUUUCAAAAGGGAACAACUGUCUGGAUGCUGCAAAAGCCUGUAACUUGAAUGAUACCUGCAAGAAAUAUCGAUCGGCGUACAUAACACCCUGUACCUACAGUGUGUCUAAUGAAAUCUGCAACAAGCGGAAAUGUCACAAGGCCCUAAGGCAGUUUUUUGACAAAGUUCCCCCCAAGCAUAGUUAUGGAAUGCUCUUCUGUUCCUGCCGAGAUAUUGCAUGUACAGAAAGAAGACGACAGACUAUUGUUCCUGCGUGUUCUUAUGAGGACAGAGAGAAACCAAACUGCCUGAAUUUACAAGAUACUUGCAAGACGAAUUACAUCUGCAGAUCUCGUCUUGCAGACUUUUUCACAAACUGCCAGCCUGAGUCACGGUCUGUUAGUAGCUGCCUGAAAGAAAACUAUGCUGACUGCCUCCUUGCUUACUCAGGGCUUAUUGGUACAGUUAUGACACCAAAUUAUUUAAAUUAUAAUAAUCUCAGCGUUGCACCUUGGUGUGAUUGUGGCAGCAGUGGCAAUGACAUAGAAGAAUGUCUGAAAUUUCUGAAUUUCUUCCAGGAUAAUUCAUGCCUUAAAAGUGCAAUUCAGGCUUUUGGCAAUGGUACAGAUGUGAAUGUGUGGCAACCAUUCCUACCUGUCCAAACCACCACAGCUUUAAGUACAACAGCAUACAGAUCAAAGACCUAUGACUCUGAGAAUUCCAACAAUGAAAUACCUACUAAUAAUGAUUUGCCAGCCUGUGCCAACAUCAAGGGACCGAAGCAGAGUUUCAAUGAAUCUAUCAUAACAGAACCCUGUGUGACUGGGAAUGCAAUUGGGAAGGAAAGUGUGGCAGGAGGCUCCACCAGUCACAUAUCUUCUGAUCAUUCGUCUUCUCUCCGUGUAAGCGUCAGGUCAAGCAUACUUCUUUUGCUGUUGGUGAUUGCAUUCUCAUUCUGUUGGUGCCCACUUUCAGAAGAAACCUUGUCUCUGCUUUAACAAAAGGACCCAUAAAAAGAAAGGAAAAGAAAAGAAAAAGAAAUUGAUCUGUCUAUCCUCUAUCCUCCUCUGUUGUUGAUCGAAAAUUACAGUUCUAGGAAUUAAGUUGAAAUGCUCCGCUAAAAAAUAGGACUGGAUCAAUGUUGUUGUCAUUAUCAUCAUAUUAUCAUUACUAUUCUUUUCUAUUUUCAAGAAAAGGUUCUUAGAAGCUUUGCAUAUACUAGAUGCGACACCCACAUUCCAAACAGAGUAGAGUUUUGAACAGGCAGUGUUUGAAAAAAGACGAAUAAUUUGCAUGUAAACCAUUCAAGGUUUAUUCUUUAAUCUCUUCCUCAUUCCCCCCCCCCCAUUUUAACCUGGACCAAGAAAAAAUAAAUCAGACUCUUAAAAGUUCUAAUUUUUUGUAUUUGUCACCCACGAAUUUUUCCUUUGCCAAAUCCAUUAAAAUGAAUGGGAUCUACUGUACACCAUCAUAUGGUGAUUGUAGGUUCAAUUAUUUCAAUGUUACCCAGAUAGAAUCUGGGGACAAACCGUGGUUUCCAACAACGUGGAAACUUUGCCAGAAUGGUUAAUAAUUUAAUGGUAUGUUUAUUUCCGAUAGAUUGGGACCCAGUUUAGAAUGUUUGAAAUGUAUGUAUUGAAAGCCUAGAUACUGGAUGGACUGCAUUACAAGAUUUUUUUCAUUGCUCCCUUUGUAGAUAAGAGGCUGUAGAGCAGGCAAAGAAAACCCUGCAUAAAAUGCCUCUUAGCAGAUUUGGGUCUUUUAAAUUGAAAACAGUAAGUUAAAAAUAUUUUGAGGUGAUUGUGGAUCAGGCUUUUGACAUGCUAUGAACGUCUUCCUGAAAGUUUUUUUUAUAUUUAACUUAUUCAUGUUUGGCUACCAGUAUUUUGCUGUUUUAGCAUUCUCUUCUAUGUUUGUAUAUGUAUGUAGUUUUGCAGUCUAAAAUGAGAAGCCAUUGUAAAUCAUAGCAGUAUAAUACACAUAUUUUCUUCAAAACUUCUGCAGAAAUAUAAAAUAAUACUUAACUUUCUAAUGCUAUUUUUAUUUUUGUGGUUAUGCUAAUUCAGCCUUAAGAAAGGUAUUUUAAAAACUACAUUAUGAAGAACCAACUGUUGUGAAUAUUGCAGUAAUGCAAAAUGUGUUUAUCUUUCUGAGGAUAUAUUUUAAAAAAAAUAGAAACUUGCUUUUGUUAAAGAAUUUCAACUUUAGCAUUGUUGAUCUUCUUUCUGUAAUUAUAAAGUUUAAUUAUUUAACUGGUGAAUGAGUAAAAAGUAUUGAAUUUUGAUUAUUUUAAAAAAAUACCAUAUCUAUUAAUAUUUACUCUUAGAUAAAGAUAAGUAUACUUGUUUGCUUUUAAUUUCUUGACCCAAUACAGAAAACCGUAAGCACAGGCAGAAGGCUGUAACAUGUUUCCAUAUUUUCAGAGAUGCAUCCAAUAAAGAUGUGAACACAUAGCAUUCAACAGAUCAUAAUAGUUUCCUGUAUGUGAAAUUUCCUAUCCACUUAUUUUUGAGCAUGGAAAUAUAUCAGUUUUGGUAAGCAUUUAAUCCUCUGGACAGGGGUAGGUGCACCUUGUACUGGAACCAGUAAAAUACUAGAGAUUGAAUUCAAUACACUUGUUGCUAAACCAGUUUUAAGAAUUGAUCAAUGCUGUCUAAAAUCCCAAUAAUACUGAUCCAGAUGUUCUCUUUCCAGGUAGGCACUAUUCGCAUACACAAUAACACACAUUCUCCAUAACCAAGUAUUAUUUCAUGUGGAAAAAUUAUUCCCAACUUGGUAUAUUUUUUUUAAAAUAUGUACCAAUUUCCAAUUGAAAUGUAUGUGACCAUGGCAAUAUAUAACUUUAUGUAUGCCAUGUUCAUGUAUGUAUUGAAAAAUGGGGCUUCUUGUGGUUCUUUCUGACAUUUGUUGAAGGCAUUCCAUAUUAUGUUAAAUCAUUUUCUCUUGUUUAACACAAUCAGAUGAUGUCAUAAUUUGAAAUCAACAGAUAGACAAGGAUAGAAUAGACCUGCUUCCAUUAUCUUGCACAAUGUAUGGCAGUAAAGUCUGAUGCCAUAGAUGCAAAAAUACAAUCAGAAUUAUCAAUUGUUUGCAUCUAAAUGAUAUAAUUUGAAUUGUACAGUGCUAUGUAGUUGCAACCUAGUCUCCCUUUUUCUUUUUUCUUUUCAAUUUAAAUUGGUGAGAAAUGGGAAGUAAGAUCAGAAUCUUUAUUUACUUUAAAGGGUUCUAUCUGAAAUAGCACUUUUGAUCCAAUUAUUUUGAGCUUUGGUCUUGUCCCUGGUUGAUCUGUCAAAGAUAAAAGGAUUUUAUUCGAAUUCUAAAAUAAAGUACUCAAACUUCAGGUAUCAAAUAGGAACAACUUGUUUUAAUAAACUGUGAUGGCCUGGCAGCUUUUAGUGGCUAUUGAGCAGUAAUGCUUAGCUCUCUUAUUUAAUGAAGACUGGCAGAAGUCUAGUAAGACAAAAUCCAUUAUUUAAAUUUAAUUCCAAAGAAUUAUAGAAUGUAAAGAUUGGAAGGGAUUUUUAAACCCAACUCCCACCCAAUACAGGGAAACACUACUGUAGCAUUAUUACACAGAGUUAUCCAGCCUCUCUUUAAAUGUCUUCAGCAAAGGAAAACUUCUCAAGAUAGUCUGUUCUAUUCUUGAAGAGUUCAUACCACUGGGAAACGUUUACUGAUGUCCAGUUAAAAUCUAGUUCCUUGUACUUUAAGUCCAUUGUCCUGUUUUAUGAAAAGUUAUGCCCUGCCCUGUUUUCUACCCAAAAAGCCUUAAUAUAUAUAUGAAGACAGCUAACUAUACUUCUUUUCCAGGCUAAACAUUCCCAUUGCAUCCAAACUUUUCUCAUAAGUUUUUUCCUUCACUAAGAUCUUGGUUGCUCUGCUUUGGAUAUGCAUCAGUUUAAUGUCCUAAAAUAUGGUGCUUGAAAUGGGUGCCUGAUGUUUAUGUAGUAUUGACAUUCCAGUUUUCUCCAAAUAUUUUUUUUCUCCUUACAUUUCUUUCCACUGUUAGCUCCUGGUCAUUUUGUGAUCUAAAUGACAUACAUAUGCUUUUUGCAUACAGUUCUAUCCAGUACAGUUCACAUCUUGUCCGUCUGAUUUUUCCUACCCAAAUAUACUACUACUUAUUGUUUCUGGGUUUUUUUUCUGUGCAAUAUUCUCAUUUUUAUAGAUCCUUCUGAAUUCUAAUUUUAUAUUUAAAAGGUUUGAUAUCCUCCUGUGUAUGUGCAUAGCAUAUCUGUACUAUGAUUGAAUUUAUGAAUUCCUUGUUAUAUUUACAGUUUAAUUUUACUGCAUAGGCAAGUUAAGAUUAUGCAGAGGUGAGCAUCCUAUCAUUAUGAUGUGAUUAUUAUUUUUUUCUUGUUCUUAAGAAAUUUCCCAGCUGUUCCAAGCCAACAUUUUUUUCAAAAGACAUGAUUUUUCAUUGUGAGAUUCAAAUAAAGAUUUUUUUUAAUGAACAAGGUCUAAGUCAAAGGUUUAAAUUUGGUUAUUAGAAUCUUUAACAUUUUAUAAGACUUUGUAUUAUUUAAGUAGCACUAAAUAUAUAAAUGGUUUUUAUCUACUGUGUAAAAAUUACAGGAGUUCUAAUCAAAACCUGAGAAUUAUUUUCUACUUAAGUGUGCAUCCAGAAACCCACCUUAUCCAUUAAUUAACAAUCCGCAUAUGUGUCAUUUUUUAAUAUAAAGUUCAGGGAAUGUUAGACUAAUAUCAUGUUUCCCCAAAAAUAAGACCCUGUCUUAUAUUCUUUUGAAUCCUGAAAUAAGCACUUGGCCUUAUUGCCAUGCCCUCAAAAGCCCAAUUGGGCUUAUUACCAGGGGAUGUCUUACUUUGGGGAAAACAGGGUAUAGAUUACUAAUUUUAACCCUUUUGUUCCCUACAAUUCUUAAUUUGGACAAAAUCAAAUCAGGUUUAGGUUUGUCAUUAACAUUACCAAAGACAUGAAAUAAAUAGUAACUUUUAAAAAUUAAUUUGUAGGAUAGGUAUGAAAGGCCCAAUCCAGAUCAGAGGCCUCUAUUAAGUGCUAAUGUGGAUCAGAUCCUCAUUAUGCUUUGUAUGUAGAGGAAUAAAUUUAAAAAGAGCUGCUUUUACUUAGACCAAAGAAUUGGUUCAGGUAUUUCUCUUUGGAGAAAGAAAGAUGGAAGGAAGGAAGGAAGGAAGGAAGGAAGGUAGGAACGAAGGAAAAAAGGGAAAGAAAAAAGAAAAGAAAGAGAAAGAAAAGAAAAAAGAAAGAAAACCACUUGGAAAUAAACAUGUAUUGAAUGAUGUAAAAGUUCAGCUGUAAUAAUUAUCAUCUUGAAUACAACCAAUCCAGCUUUCUUCUUUUAAAAAAUGACUUCUAUUAGAGUCAACAACGCUUAACAGAAAAAUGGCAGAUGGAGUGUUUAUGCACUCUCCAUUGUGCAUCCUGGACCUACUUUCUCCAUAUUUUGGAUCUUGGCCAAUAUUUAUAUUGCUUGUUUUACUUGUGUGAUUCUCUGUAAUUCAAAUUGAAGACUAUUGAUCUCAUGUUUUAAUUGGCCUUUGAUUUUAAAAGCAUCAUAAAAUUCUUAAGUAGUUGUUUCCCUAAUAAAUCCCUAUGUAUUAAAAUCAAAUAUAGGAGUUGCUAGGUGUCAGGCAGCAUAUAAAUUUAAUAAAUUAUUAUUUUUCAGAAACAGUCUCUUACAUCAAACCUUGUAAAUUUAUAUUAUUUCUAUUUCCUUCAGUACUGAUGCUUAGCAGUUUUCUACAGUAUAUGUAUGCUCAGGCAUACUAUUACAUUCAGUGGGGCUUAUUCUCAUGUAACUGGAGAUAGGACUGCAUCUUAAAUUGCUAGUAAAACAAGCAAACAGAAAAAAAGAUUAGGUUUUAAGCUAUUAUCUUUGGAUAAAUACAGAGCUUUUUUAAAAGAAAAUAAUAUGGCAUUGACAAUGUCACUUAGAGCAUUGACUUUGUCAACAGAAUCACUAGUCUGAAGUAAGUUGUUUUUCUGAUGUUUCUUUGCCCAUUUCUGCCUACUCCAACUGCAUGUUAAGUGCUAGGCAAUCCAAAUAAUUUUUUUCCUUGAGUUCUCAUUGUGCAGCAUGAAUUUCCAGAUCUUAAGUUACUGUGAAGUUAGGAUAUGUCAUAAAUCUCCCCUUUCAUCACAAAAUCCCAUUUUGUGGAAGGGGAACGCAACAGCAGAUUCCUCACUUCAAAUAUCUAAAGCUCUACAUCUUAAAAGAUCUUGGUUAUUUUUUCAGCCAGUUCCGAAAUAGAAUACAUCAAAUUCAUCCAAAAACUUGAAAUAUAUUUCUUUACUUUACAAUGCCUCACAUCUUAGCUAUUUCCUAUUACCUGUUCUGAAUAUAGGGCAAUUUUAGGGCAAGCAAUUUUAAACAAUGUAGUAUGUAGAUGCUCAGGGAUCUGUUUUUAAAGGGCAAGAUCCUACUCAGAAUAUAUGUGGGAAUGCCUUGAAUCCAGUAUGUUUUUUCCAGAGAUCAUUGACAGGGAGCUCAGAAAAGGGUAUGGUUACCGUAGGUCUUUUCAGGGGCUGCUCUCUGUGUGUUUAUGCUGCAUUUAUGUUUUGCCCUUCAAAACUGGUUUUCUGUACAACCCUAUUAGUUAGUUUCUGAUAAAACUGGAGUCUAGCUUUCAGCAAUCAUUAUCUUCCCUCUUGCAUUAUGCAUUUCUCAGAUUCCAAGCAACAUAUUCCAGCCCUCCAUUUUCUAUAACAUCACCUCAAAUAAAUUUGCUUGUGAUGAACGUGGCAGAAAAUUAAUCCAGCUGACUGUGAAGGAUUUCUCAUCUUUAAAUAUUUGCUUUCACUUACCAGCUCGCUUCCUUCUAGGACAUUUCAAUUAGUGGCCAUUCAAAUACUUCUGACUUCAGAAGGUCAUUUUUGUUUUGUUCUUAACUGGAUUUGGCCUCUUUAAAAUCACUACUGUAUUUUUUCCCCUCUCAUUUCCAACCUAUUUAUUGGUUUUUAUGCAACAAGAAUUUAAUCUUGCUCUAACCUAUUAAAAUAUUAUUAAAGCUUCCCUGAUCAAGGCUGUUCUUUGUUUGCCUGAAAAAAAAGUUAUUUACUAUUUUACUUUAUCCCAGGUUGAUCAUCUGAAAUCAAAGUCUAGAUUUAUAAUGAGAAAUAUUUUUUGUAAUACAUAAAGUAGGUUUUUGUUAGAAUCCUGAUUACAAUAUAAUAAUUAGAUCAACCCAGUCUAUGUUUCAGAAAAUGAUUGUCCAAUGGAAAAAGAAAUCUAUGAAAGCAUUUUUUUUCCACUAUUCAGAAUUUGUAGGUCUUUUAUAUCUUUUCUUUUGUAUUUCCGGAUACAAUUGGCAUUUGGAUCUUUGCCUGAUAUAACUAAGGUUUUACCCUUUUUAAACAUUGAUUCAAAUAGAAGAGAGAAGUAAUUAUUUUGAAAUUUUAUAAAUCUCCUGCUCUUUUCUUCCCAAAAGAUUUUUGUGACUAUAGCAGCUGAAACCUCUAUCUUUCCUCUGUGGGAGGCCAAUAGAAAAGGUGGCUUUUUGUCAUGCAACCAUUUAGAAUUAUAUAUUGCCUCAAAAUAGCAGCCAAAUUUCAAUGAGUACAAAUGGGAUUUUUUUUCCCUAUCCAGCUUUGCCUUAUUUUAAUGGCUUUAAGUAACUGCAUUACCCCUUUGUUACUGCUUCCUAAUCUGUCAAAUAGGGAAUUUCCUCUGUCCUGAUGAAAAAUUGGAUCAUGUACUUAUGUAUGAUUGGUUUCUUAAAACCCUUCCCACCCUGAAGGACAGCCUAAUUUCCUUUCUUGAUGAUGAUGGAUCUAUGUACUACCUUAAACUUCCACUGAAAAUCUUUAAUCAAGGUGCAUCCUGAAGAAGUGAUUUGAUGAUGAAGGAUAUCCAAAGCUUGUGGGUAUUUCUUUCUAUUAUUUCUUUCUAUUAGGCUGACAGAUGUCGGCAAUUACUAUUGUCUGUGCAAUACACCUGUUUUAGCAAUAAUUGUGGUUUUGCCUGUAAUGAUGAGGUUCAGGAUUUUUCUUUCACAAAGUACAGGACCAGGGGGAAACAAAUAUUGGUUCACAGGGACUGUGCCACUCCAAUUUCCAUCCAGUAGCAGUAAAUCAAAUGUUGGAGGCAAUGAUCUGUUUAAAAAACAUUGUGCAUUUAUGGAAUAUAAGGCAAGGGAGACUGUAUAUCGAACAGAUGAUUGAAACUGAAUGAGUGUAUCUCUACAUAGCUAGAUAAUGAGUAACAAUAAUUCUGUGUAGUGCAAUUGGGGACAACAUUCAUUGUGACUCUUCAGUCACAUUCCAAUAUAUAUGUAUUUAGGACUGAAGAUCCAAUAUAAUGGUAUUGGUUGUAAUUUCACACAAAUAUACCUCGAAGUCUAGCUGAAUGUAGUUAGAACGUAGGGCAUUCUCCUCCAUUUUAAGUUAGAAUUGGAAUCUAAUCUAUAAUUAGAUUCUGAUUAUUGAUGAAAUACAAGUAAUCUUCGGAUAAUAGAAACAGGCCAUUCUCUUAUAAUUUGAUUUUUCUGCAUUUUAGUAUGCAGACCAUUCACCCACACAAGUAUGUCACUAUCCUUUUCUGCUUGCUCAAACAUGGCAGCCACCAUUUUUCAUUUACCUAAGCCAUAGGUUAUGUAACCUAGGAACCACUUAUAGCAAAUUUUCUAUAUCAGGAAAGGAAUAAACCACAAUAGAAGCAUCUUCUCAUUUUUCCUUGUCUUCCUCAUGCUUAUGAGUUUCCCACUGCACCUGAUGAAUUAAAUGGGCAGAAAGGUCGGCAGUUCGGUGGUUCAAACCCCUAGUAUAGGUCUCCUGCAUGAGCAGGGGGUUGGACUAGAUGACCUCCAUGGUCCCUUCCAACUCUGUUACUAUUAAACUUGAUCUAACACAGCAGUUACUAUUAAACUUGAUCUUACACUGUAUGCUUCUAUUUUAAGAUGAUUCUCUUGGACUUUUUUCCAUUUAAAAAUUCCAAUAUCCAAACAAUUCAUACAUUUCAAACACAGUGACUAAUUAAAAAGAAAAAGCAACAGAUCAAACAGAUUUCUACACUAAAUGUAGAUGCAUGAAAGGGUGAGUAGUAGGAGAAAAUUGUAUCUAGUGUACAGAUAGUAAGUUCUUUCAGCUUUGACUAAUUUCCUAUGUGUGUUGUGGAAAUCAGUUGGUUCUGAUUCUAAUGAUGUUUUCAGACAAAAGCUUGUAGUGCUGUCAAAUAGUCUCAUCCAACUAUUCCAAUUUCCCUACUGUGAUAAACAAAAAGUGGGUGAUGUAUUCCAAAACAUGAGUAGGGUAUAUUACAUGCAGAGCUAUGACGUCUUAGUAAAAUUCCAUAGGCAAAGCACAGCAAGCCAAAUUACAUUUCUUCUUGGAAAUAUCUUUGAUGUUCUUGUUCCAGGAUUCAAAAAUUUUAUCAGAAUAGAAGUCUUUACCUAUUUUGUCUGUUGAAUGAGUUGCAUACACAUUAUUUUACUUAAAUAUUCAAGACUGUUCAGAUGGUCAGCCCAUAACACUCCCAAGAGUCAAAGCAACAUUAAUCCAGAGAUCCAGAUUCAAAGGGUAAAAUACAUUAGAGCAGGGGUCUCCAACCUUGGCAACUUGAAGCCUGGCAGACUUCAACUCCCAGAAUUCCCCAGCCAGCUUUGCUGGGAGUUGAAGUCCUCCAGGCUUCAAGUUGCCAAGGUUGGAGACCCCUGCGUUAGAGUAUGUAUGAGCACUGUCAUGAGCACUUAAACCAAACAUGCAUUUUCUUGGGCUCACAUGGCAGCUGCAGCUGUUAUACCUCUAAAUUGUAUGAUAUUGUUUACAUCAUAUGUACAAAUAGUCCCACAAGAAGCCUAAUUCAUCUGUACAGAAUACUGCAAUAUUUAAGAGUAGAUUUGUUUACCAAUGAAGUUACAUUUUCAUCUAGGAUAUUGAAAUAAGUGACUUUCCCCAUAUCAAAAAUAAUUGUCUAAAUGUUAUGCUUUGUCUAAGCUAUAUGUAAAAAGAAUGGCAAAAAAUAAUAAAAUAUUCAAUUUCUAAACUACUCUUCACAAAUGUUUCUGUUUUCAGUGUUUGAGGAUCAGACAGAAGGUAAAAAAAGUGUAUGAUUGUUACUUUUUUCUCAGUGGAACAACAUUCUGAUUUUUUACAUUUUUCCUUUAAUAUUUGUACACCUGUCUAUGAAGAUAGGGACUACAAGAUUUUUUGUGAAUUAACAUUCCUGCCUUACUAGACAGAGAGUCUUCUAGUAAUCUGUAUAUUCUUUUUUUUUCUUUUCCACCCUUACAAUAUUGCUCAGACUGAGGCCCAAAUGCCUUCAGAGAUUUCCUAGAAGAUCUAAGAAAGCACUGGCUGUCUAAUGGGAUUUCUUUGAAACUAUAUGCCUCAAGUAAUAAUGAAAGUAUUAGUUUUGGUUAAUCUUACUCAAGUUGGGGAAAGGGCCUGUUUCCUUUGCCCAGGAAUAUAUAAACAUUUGUGUUAUUUUUGUAUAAUUCAAGUUGUCAUGAACUGUCACAGAAAAUAUAAUACAUAGUUUGUAUUAAAUAACACUAUAUUCUAUUAAACUAUUAUAGGGAUUAUUUGGAGUAAGGAAUAAAAUCAAAGAUAGCUUUUGAAAAUACAUGAAAAUACACUGUGAAUAACCUCUAGAAUAAGGGCAUUUUUUCUAGGUAUGGUUUGAAAGACAAAUUUGUCUUAGUUUCCAGUUGAAGGCAGUCUACAAGUGCAUCUUUUACUAUUCUGAUGUAAGUUAUAAAUAUGUUGUCUUACAAAAAUCUGUGCUCUCCCUUCUCGCAGUUCAAAAUGUGUCAGGUAUUUCAAUUGUUCUGCUGGGUACAAAGGUGUCUGCGGAUACGGUUAAAAAAAAGCCAAAACGGUGACAAUACCAAUGUGAGUCUUCAGUCACAUCGGCAUGGCAGCCAGAUUGACUUUUUUGGCUAUAUCCUGUGGGCUCCUUUGGCUGGGUACAUUGUUGUUAAGGAACAAAUACAGUAGUACAUUGACUGUUCACACUGACAUUAACAAGACUUGAAGUAAGGACUUGGAUAGUCCAAAUUUUGGAAGUGCUUUUGUGAUGUUUGAUUUUCUUUUCCUGUUGGCAUAAUGCUUGUAACGCUAUAAAAAAAUGUACAUAUCUGAAAGAAGGAAAAGCCACCAAAUUUUCUUUUUUUAUUAAAAAUUAUACUAAGAAUUA